CUAAUGGUGAAAACCAUGUGUUUAUGGUUUUGGAGUUUCGAUCAAAAGUUUGAUUUAUUUUUUUGCCUUAAAAUUGAAAACAAAACACAAUUUGUGUUUCAUUUGAUGCGAAGAAGCGAUGAAAACAAUGAUUGGUUUGAAUGCAUUGCAGACACUCUGGAGAUGCCAUUCGUUGCGACACGUGUUGAGACCAGUUGUGGUGAUGUCGAUGAAUGGCUGCCAACACCACCAGCGACUCCACAACACAGCCGUCGCCAGAGAUCUGAUGGAGUUCUUCGACGAGAAGAAGCUUUGGGGCGAAAGCGAAGUGAAAUCAGGUCGUGAGUGGCGUACAGACGAGUUGCGGAUCAAAAGUAACACCGAUUUGCAUAAGUUAUGGUAUGUGUUGUAUAAGGAGAGGAAUAUGUUGAAGACGAUGGAAGAGGCGGCCAAAGAGGCCAAGGAGUUGAUGCCCAGUCCUGAACGCGUCGAUAAAGUGGAGCAAAGUAUGAAGAACUUGGAGGAAGUGGUCCGCGAACGCAACAAAGCCUAUUGGGAGCUCGAGGUCGGCGAAGGAACCACUGGUGAGCGGCCGAAGGUUUUUCGUCGCGAUAUAUUUGGCCGCUGGAAAUGGUAUGCGUCCAUACAGUCGGCCAUUGGUUUAGUGAUUGGCUGUUCCGAGCAUUUGGUUCCGUAUCGAUACAAUCCGAAGUGGAGAGCACUGAACGCACCCGGAUUUGGCAAAGAAGUCACUGACUUUAACCUCAAACUGAAUGAGAAAAAGUUGUUGGAGAAGAAGUCGCUUAUAUUCCGACAGAAGUAUUACUGUCGACAACUGAUGAGAAGGUUUCCAGAUAUGGAUCUCAAUUAUCUUCAGGAAAAGUUCCCAGACGUGGAUGUGAUGGACAUGAAGAGCAAUCUCGACGAGUUGGUCGGCAAAGACCCCGUCCGGCAAUACGGACGACAAUUCUAUGAAACAAAACCCAAACAUCAAGAAUAAUUUACUGUAGAUUUCUAUUCACAUAAUUAUGUUUUGUUAUUUCAAUUCAUUAUUUUAUUCAUUGAUAUAAUUAUAAUGUAUUUUCAUUAUUCACUUAUAGAAAAAGAUUACAUUUUGUUUGUUUAAACG